ACAGUAAUAGGAUACGCCCAUCUAUAACUUCAGUGGUGUGGUGAAUGAACGAGGUAAUGGCAUGUGUAGCAGGCAAUAACCUUGAAAAUUCGAGUGUGUGUCCGCUACGAAUUAAACUUCACAUAACCAGCCAGUAUAUAGAUCAAUUCAAUAGUUAUAGAUUAUUCUAGUCUGGUCAGCAUGGAACAAUCAGUGAAACAAACGAUGCGAUUAGCGAAAGAUACGAUACAACAGAAUCCUUCAAAGUUUGUCGUUGUCUCGGUUUUAAAUGUUGUGAUACUUGGAUAUUUUUUGUAUAUUUACACGACAAAUUUCACCGCCGCGGUACCGAAAAUACAACACUUCAGCAGCAGGAAAAUAACUUUAAAUAGCAUUAUAAAAUUAAGAAAGAAAUGGAAUCAUACUUAUGGAAAAUGGUUAAAUUACUUACCAGAUUUUCAAACCGCCGUGAUAGCCAUUGACAAGAUUCCAUAUUUCCCUGCCGUGAACGAGACAACAUCACCCAAUAAUUCUUUUAUUACGAUACAAAAGAUGCCGUACUUCGUCGGUGACCUCUUAGAAGCCGUAAUUACGUCAAAGAAUUAUUGGAAUCAAACAAAACAGUACGGAGGUGACCUCUUUCAAGUUAUUCUUUAUCGCAAGCCAGCUGAUGAUAUCCUAAUUCCCUGCAAAAUAACAGACAAUCACAAUGGACUUUAUGACGUAACAUGCCCACUUGUCAGUGAAGGUGACUUCGAACUGAAAGCAAAACUGAGGUUUUCUAGCGAACUUUUAUAUUUAUUUAUGUUAAAUCAUCAAACUAAAAUGGGAGCUAAUAUAUACGUGACCAGCGAGUAUAUGAAUUCAAGCUUCCCAGCCGAGCAUUCAAGAUGCGCGGUAGGAUUUGAUGAGCCUGUGGACAACGAACUAUGCAAUUACACAAACCCCACCAACGGAGAGCCAUGGUUUUGUAUCAAGCCACCAUCAAGAGAAUGCAAUCCUAUAAUAUCUCAGCAAAAGAUUCAUUUGAAGGGAACAGACAUGAAAAAAGGAGAAAUUCCAUUGAAUUUUAUGAAAAAAUAUUAUAAAGAAACCGAUCAAUAUGGAGCUGAAAUAUCUCUAUCAGGAAUAAAAUUCAAAAACACUAUAAAACAAGUCGAUCCACUUAUUUCUGGAUGGUUACAAAAUAAAAAUUGGCGACUCAAUGCGAUGUGA